AUGCUAAGAGACUAUAUAAUAGUAUAUCUUAAUAAUGUUUUAGUAUCUUUAAGCCUCAACCUAGACUUUAAAAAAUAUAUAUUCGUAGUAAAGGAAGUUAAGUAUCUAAGAUAUAUUAUAGAGGUAGGAGUCUAUAUCUACCUUAACCUCGAGAAGAUUAGGGCUAUCUAUAAGUAG